AUGCCAAUUUCAUUGGGUAAACGAGUUUAUGGUUUGAUUCGAACUACCUUUUCACCUGCCCCAACAUCAACGAAUGAAUUAUCUGAUGAACUAAAAUUAAAUUUAAAUGGUGAAAAUAGUUCAGUACCAUCAUCAAGUAAUUCAUUUAUUAAGAAUGAAGCUGAAAUAUACUCGGGAAAAACGGGUCUUGAUUUACCAGUUCUUUUAGUGGAACCAUUCUCUAGGCGUGUUCGAUCUGCAUAUACGGGUCCAGAUGGCGGCUUAAUCGAGGUUGGUGGAGUACGUCGCCAACAACUUAUCAGUAUGGUUAAUUUGGAUGAUGAAUUAUGCUUAAGUUUUGAUGGCGAAUCGUUGGAUGAUUAUGAUGAAAAUGUCAAAAUCAUUCAUUCAAGAUUAUAUGAAUCAACGUCAGGGCUUCUUGGAUCAUGUUCUUCGUUAAUCGGUUCCAUUAAUCCAGAAAACACAUUGAGUACUAAUGCUGACAAUUACGACUGGAAAUCAUUGGAUGAAGAUCGUUGUUUUGGUGUAUCAGUGUCAUUAUAUGAAAAAAAUCCACUGACAGGUAUCAAUGCUGGAAAUCCAAUAGCAGAUGUGUUCGGCGUCAUUGCCCGUGAUAAUAACGCUAUCAUUGCACUAGCUGAUGGUGUUAAUUGGGGUGAAGGAGCUCGUUUAGCCGCGAGGUGUGCAAUUAGAGGUGCCAUUGAUCAUCUCAACCAACAUCUGUUCAACUCUGAGUGCAGAACUACUACAGAAAUAUUUCACGCAUUACUUGGUGCUUUUCAUUCGGCUCAUGCACUCAUUCUUCAAGAAGGUGGGCUUUUAACGACACUAUGUGUUGGUGUAACCGUACAAUUGCGGAAUAGUAAUACGUGGGUUCUGUGUGUGUGUAAUGUUGGUGAUUCGCUAUGCUUUGUCUAUAAUCCAGUUUAUGGAGUUCGAGAGGUCACUGUUGCUUCACAUGAUAUCUGUCAAAUGAGAGAUAUGCGUGAUGCUGGUGGUGCUUUAGGACCUGUUGAUGGUAUCAAUCCUCAGUUGCAUAAUUUAACGUGUUCGAUGACUUUUGUUGAACCAGACGACGUGGUUUUCAUUACAUCAGAUGGAAUAUCGGAUAAUUUCGAUCCUGUUGUUGGAAAAUUUUGUGUUGUAAAAAAGGAGGGUGAUAUCGAAGAAAAUUGUGAUUUAAAUAAGCCCGUAACAAUAUCAGUGAAGAAUAGUGGUGCACACCAGGAUGCGGAAUUCGUACGUACUCGAACAUGUAAUGCAUCUCUGCCAUGUGUUGAUGCCGAGCAGCGUCAUGAAUUGAUGUUGAUGAGGAUGGGUGAUAUAAUAUCGAAUGGAAUACUGCCACCUUCAUCUCGAUCCCGUUUACCUUCAAUUAAUCAUGUAACAAAUACCGCAAUUGUGUCUACUAGUCAACUCUGUCAUAAUCUUAUUCAGUUCGCAAUGCAACUUUCAAUGGCAAAACGUCGAACAUUAGAAGAUCCUGAAUUGUAUCGCUCUGAGAAACAUUUGUCAAGAUCGGAACAACGAAACCGACGCAAAAUGGUUCGAUAUAAACUAAGCGAAAUGCCUGGAAAAUUGGAUCAUGCGACUGUCGUAGCAUUUAAAGUUGGGCUGUGGCCGGAUCAUUCGACAGCAGAGAUCCACUUGAUUGAUAGCACUAAACCAACAUAUUCAGCCAUAAUAAAUAUAAUUUCGGAUAAUUGUUUGCAAGAGCUUCUUGCACAUAUAGAUAGCGAUAAUAAUACGAGAAAUACGAGAAAUCGUGCGCGAAGUCCUUAUGAAGAAACACCAAUAGCUUAUCGAGUGAACCAAACAAAAGUGCCUCUCAAAAAGCAUGCCAGAGGAACGAUUGGUCGUCAUACAUUGUCGGUUGAUGUCGCAUGGCUGAAAAAAGUGGUGGUAUCUCGAAAUAGUUCAAUUAGCGAAGCAUGUAGGGAAAGCAGUUCUUUAAGGUUUGUGCAAGUCGUUCACCCUUUUUUCAUUCUUGAGAUAUUGGAUCAAAUAUGGAUCCAGAACUUCAGCUGUACCUAG